AUGGUGCCUGAACAUGAUGAUGAUGGACAGGACCCUGUAAAACAAGAGUUGGUCUUCCAACAUUCAAGUCUUGAGGACUUGUCUCCAAUGAAUGACCUGGGUCUUGAGGUAAUUGACCUUGAAACUGGAAGUGAGUUGAAAGUUGAGCAGGACAAAGAUUCAGAAAGAAAGUUGGAGGAUAUUGCUGAUGAUGAGAAGAGGUUAAAGUCCAACUUUCAUCUGCAAGGGAAGGAUGGAGAACAAAUGUCAAAUGAGAUUGACCUAAAGGUCAAAGGUGAUCAAGGAAAGAGAGGAUCAGAGAAUAAAGUUGACCUUCAUGGGCAGAGAAGAAGGUCAAGGACAUUGAUAGAAGCUGACAAUCAAGGAUACAAUGAUACUGCCAAUGAUGUUCAGAAUGAAGAAAAGAGACAGCUGGGUGAAGGUUCAGUGGUCAAAGGUCAGAGUUCAAGAUUGAGAAGUGGUUCCAGGUCAAAGUCACAAGAUACAGAUGAUGAAGCAGAUAAACUUAUGAGAAGCAUUGAUGGAAGGGAGGACACAUCUCCUCAAAAUAAGCAUGGGAAUCCGUCACCACGAAGAGACGAGCAAUCUAUAGAUAAAAGAGAGAUGAUUAGAAAGAGGAACUCAGAGCUUGCUGUCAUGGCUAAGAGGCUGGAGGAAAAGGCUAAAGAAAUGAAGAAUAGACCAACAACACAAUGGAAGUGCUCUUUCAUGGUUGUCAUGACAACAUGUGAUGGCUGUGCUCCACAAUAG